AUGAAAGUGGCACAGGAUAGACAGAAAAGUUAUGUAGAUGUGCGAAAAAGAAGAGAUUUGGAAUUUGAAGUUGGUGAUUUUGUUUUUCUUCGUAUUUCUCCUUGGAAAAGGAUUAUGAGGUUUGGAAAGAAAGGUAAGUUAAGUCCCAGAUACAUUGGACCUUACAAGAUUCUGGAACGAAUAGGAGCAGUGGCGUAUCGGUUGGAAUUACCAAAAGAAUUAUCAAGAUUGCAUGAUGUUUUCCAUGUGUCUAUGCUUCGAAACUAUAUAUCGGAUCCAUCUCAUGUUUUAGUUGCAGAACCGAUAAAGUUGAAGGAAGAUUUGACUUAUGUAGAGGAACCGGUACAGAUUGUGGAUCGCCGGGAGCAAGUGCUACAGAAUAAAACUAUAUCACUGGUAAAGGUAUUGUGGAGGGGUCAUACGAUUGAAGAAGCGACUUGGGAAAGUGAAGAAGUUAUGCGAAUGCAAUAUCCUCACUUAUUUGGCAAGGAGAAAGAGCAAACAACUUUGACCCUAUCAAAGGAUAAGUGA